CCUCGCUUGCGCAUGCGCACCAAGGCAAAAGUGAUGACACUGCAAAUAUUUGUAGUCCUGAGGUGGAUGUAUGAGUAGACAAUGGAAACGGCUAAAAUGAAGAAACUAAUGUUUCACCUGGGCUGGAUCGUACUAACUGCCACUUCAGUUUUAACAACUCGGUCUGAAGGUGCAAAUCCAUCAGUCACACUGACUGUUGAGGGAGGAGGGAGUCUGGUUGGUGAACACUGUCCUGGAACUGCCAAGGUUUUGUGUUACGGAAUUCAUUUGUCAUUUUUACGAUGGACGUACAACGGGAACAUAGAUAUAGUGUCUGCCUUUCUCUCAGAUACCACAUCACCUUCUUCUGUUAAUCCUAAUGAUCCAGCGUUCAUAAGAGUGGAGCUGCUAUCGGUAGCACAGGAUCCAGCGUUCCUGAGUUUCGCUAACUUUUCAUCUGAGCUUGUUGUAAACGUGUCAAAUCUAAGAACAGAGAGUGUAAUAAACAUUACAUGUGGGGAUCCAAAUACUUUCAAAAUGAUUCCAGUGGAUGUUGAGAUUAUCCAACAAACUGAGCCUGAGAGUCCCAAUGGAAUGAAUGUGACAGCUCUCUAUGAAUUUGGAUCCUUGACUGAUGCCAUUGUCUCUUGGAAAAAGUUGGAAACACGAUGUCCAGAAUUUCAGACCUUCUUGAUCUAUCAAGUCACACUGUUGGACUCCGGUGUUGUCACAGUAAAUCACACAAGCUGUGGAGAAGUGUGUAUAGUCAACUUUCAGAACUUUUCCGAUACUACUGAAGUGUAUAGGGUGUCACUGUUUGCUGUUAAUGCCAUCGGGGCAAGUGAACUCGUGGAAUAUCCAGCCAUUAUUGUGAAACGAAGCAGCUUCUACUUCACACCUACUUUCCUCUCAAACGAUUGUCUGUUUACUUUUGAAUGCUUCUCAAAUGGAAGUCUGGAUACAGACAGUUGCAAUGUGUUGUAUACGAAUGACUCAAUGUACAGGGAUCCAAUGAUGAUUGUUUCUCCACUCGAUACACAAUUCAAAAUAACUGGAAUAUUUUCUGAUACUAUCUACUAUUUCGAAUUUUCUGUGCACGUAAACGAAACUCUGCUUAUUAGGAACAGAUUUACUGAACGAUUAACAUCAAGUCGGAAGCUCAGUACAGUGGUCAUUGUGUUUCUAACACUAACCAUUCUGGCCAUCAUUCUCGAAGCAACAUUUGGUAUAGUUCUCUGUGUUUUAAAACAACUGCAAACAUUUCAAGCCAAGAUUCUAUUUCUUGUGGCUGGUUUUUCUGGUUUUUUGAGCUUACUUUCUGCUUUUGUUUUCUCAAUUAUCACUGGUGUUCAGCAAGACACAUGCAGUCUUAGACUAGACUGGAGCAGAGCAAGCAAUGCAUUGAUCAUUUCGGCCUUUAUUUUAGCUCUAAUCGGGAAUAUUAUUCUAAUCGGCAUCUCGAUUGCUUCAUGCCUAACGAAAAAGUCCAGCAAGAUUAUAAUUAAUUUUAAAUUGCAAUCGGAACAUAGGUCUUCUCCAGUUGAUGAAAUUAUGCAUAGAAGACUUUUCAUGAAGGGUGACACUGUUCCAGGUGGUGCUUCUAAUACAAAAAUUGAAUCUUCAGUAUAGCUGUGGAGAACGAUUGUUGAGUUGGAGCUCGCGUACUGUAUCAGCUGAAGGUGUGAGUCUAUAAUAAUAUAAAUUUUUAAAAACCCUAUAUGCGUACUUUUUUGAGAUACCAUGAUGUGUUAUAAAAUUAUAUUUAUUUGUGUAAUUUGUAAAUUAACUAAGUUUUAUUGUUGUGAACUAUAAAUUAGGAGUCUAUAUAUGCAU